AUGGAUUAGGGAUGGGAAGUAAGUGAAGAACACUACUUAGAGAAUCUAAUAUAAAAUCCUCUAUGUUUAAAGAGGUAGGAAUCUUAAUAAAUUGAAAAGCCUGCCAUUUUGGCAUCUUAAGAAUCACCAAAAACAAGAAUGAGAUUUAGGACAACUUCUAUGCCAAAAUUGGACGAAAGCAGCAAGCCAAAUUCACCUAAUAAGAAACCAGCUAUAGAACCACAGACAAAAGUGGAAUCCCCAAUCAAAUAUCAGCAAUCGUCUCUAAUUUUGAAAACACCUAUAAGAUAACAAAAAUUCUAAUUAUAUCCACAGAAGAUAUCUCUUAGAUCUACGCUGUUCUAAACUCCCUUGGAAGAGUGUAGUCCAAUCAAACUGGGAAGAACACUCUAACCAAAGCAAUUUAACCCUGUGUUAUCGAAUAUCAGUGACAUCCAUUACAAUGGAAUGAAAGGGUAGACUAGAUCAGUAAAGAGUGCCUCAAUGAGCAAUCUUUUUAAUUAUGAUGAACGUGUAAUAUAAAAGAAAAGAUUAGAAGAUUUUGUCUUCAAAAUCAGACCACAAAGAAAUGCUAGUAUUCUGUAUGCGAACUCCCAAAGUUCCCUAUAGACUACUACAGAUGAUAUUGUACUUAGAAAAAUCUAAAAAUGA